AUGACACAGGUCACAGGAACUGAAAGCCAUGAAUUUGUUAUUUGGGUCCAGUUUUUGUUGUUGAUCUUAUUGUUGUUGCUUGCUUUUGUUGUUGUUGUUGCUGUUUUUGCUCUUGUUGUUCUUGGUGUUUUUGGUUGUAUCAUGACUUUAGCCGGUGAAACAGAAGGUAUGAGUCGAAGUUGGAUGUAUGAGAAGCGAACUUCGUCGGGGUUCUUGAACGGGGUAGAGGAGUUUUGUAGAUGUGCUUUGGAGCAUCAAGAAAAUGUACAAGAUAAUGGGUUAUAUUGUCCAUGUGUCGAUUGCGAAAAUGUGAGUAGGGUUAGUAGUAUCAAAACAUUAAGAGAUCAUGUGAUUCGUCGUGGGUUUAGGCAACAAUACCAUGUGUGGAUAUGGCAUGGUGAGAUCGGAGGAUAUACGGGAAAUUCCAGUGAAAAUCCAAUUAUUGACCACCAUGUACACACUGAACCUAUUGAUCGGACCGAGGAUAUGUUUUCGGAGGAAGAUGAUGAAGGUGAAGAAGACGUGGAUGAUGAUAUUGAGGAGGAUCAUAUAGAUGAAAUGAUGGAGGCAAUUCAAGAUAAGCCUCAUUUAUUUGAACGUUUGUCAGAAGCUGCUGAGAAACCUUUGUAUCCUGGAUGUGUCAAGUACACUCAGUUGUCGGCUGUGUCAGUGUUGACCAACCUGAAAAUAAAGGGCGGUGUGACUGACGCAAUUUUUUCACAAUUUUUGGAGGCAUUAGAGGACAUGUUUCCCAAAGGGAAUGUGUUGCCUAAGUCGACUUAUUAUGCCAACAAGUUGAUGUGUCCUUUUGGAUUAGCAUAUGAGAAAAUAGAUGCUUGUCCAAAUGACUGUAUUUUGUAUCGAAAAGAGUUUGCAGAUUUAGAUAAAUGUCCUCGGUGUGGUAAGUCUCGUUACAAGCUCCCAGAUGGAGUUAUGCCCGGGGAAGGCAAGAAAGGUCCCUCUGCUAAACUGCUUUGGUAUCUUCCAAUAAUACCAAGGUUUAGACGAUUGUUUUCAAUAAAGAAGGAGGCAAAGAACUUGAGGUGGCAUGCAGAUAAGAGAAGAAAGAUGGGUUGCUUAGACAUCCGGCAGAUUCUCCUCAAUGGAAAGAUAUUGAUGAAGAAUUUCCAGAAUUCGGCAAAGAAGAUAGGAAUCUUAGGCUUGCGCUUUCUACUGACGGAAUGA